AUGGCCAGCGGAGCCCAUUGGCAGCUGGGCUACUACUUGGAGCUGCUGAAGAAGGAGGAGCUGAAGGAGUUCCAGCUUCAGCUGUCCAGUGAAGCAUCCUUUCAGGGGCCUUCCAGUGCAGCAGCUGUUCCACCAGAGAAGAUGAGUGGCAUGGAGGUGGCCUCACGCCUGGUGGCUCAGUAUGGGCAGCAGCAGGCCUGGGAUCUGGCUCUGCAAACCUGGAGGCAGAUGGGCCUGAACUCAUUCUGUGCUCGGGCCCAGGCAGAGUUGGCCUUGUUGUCAGGUGAUGACCUCCCAUCCCUCUGCUCCCCCAGUAUACCCAACCUGGAGUCCCCCAACCCACCCAGUCCUGCUGUCAUGCAGGAGUCCUUUGACUCUAGAGUCCUAGAGAAAAUUGGAUACCUGGGGUACACCCAGCACUCAGAAAGGAGGACUUCUGACCAGCUGACUGACACAUCUCGACGUCACUGGAAAGAAAACCCUUACCUGCCUUUCUACCAAGCUCUUCCAAGCUCUCCAGACCAGCAGUCUCCAAGCCAGGAGUCACCCAACACCCCCACAUCCACAGCAGUGCUCAGGGGUGGAAAAUCCCCACCUCAGCCCAACCCAGAGCCCAGAAAGCAGGAGUCUCCUGGAGCUGAGUGGCCUCUGGCUGAAACUUCUGAAAAGUAUUUCACAAUACUAGGGAAAAGACACCAAAACCAGAAGAGAGAGCACCUGUGUUUCACACAGUCCUGGAAAAAUGAGGAUUUGCACAAAAAAUUCACACAGCUGCUACUUCUACAAAGACCUCACCCCAGAGGCCUUGAGUCUCUGGUCAUAAAGAAGACACAAAACCCUGUGGUGGAGAAUCUAGGACAUUUGAUUGAGAUUGGAGAUUUAUUUGCCUCAGGCCUAGGAACCCAAGAAGAACCUCGCAUCGUCAUACUGCAUGGAGCUGCUGGAAUUGGGAAGUCAACACUGGCUAGGCAGGUGCAGAGAGGCUGGGAGGAAGGCCGGCUGUACCAGGACCGCUUCCAGCAUGUCUUCUACUUCAGCUGUGCAGAGCUGGCCCAGUCCAAGGUGAUGAGUCUCGCUGAGCUCAUUACACAAGCCCAGGAGGCCCCUCCAGCUCCCCUUCAGCAGGUUCUGUCUCGGCCAGAGCAGCUGCUCUUCAUCCUCGAUGGUGUGGAUGAGCCAAGAUGGGUCUUGUGGCAGGAGAGUACUGAGUUCUGUCAACACUGGAGCCAGCCACAGCAGGUGGCCAUGCUGCUGGGCAGUUUGCUGGGGAAAACCAUACUUCCCGAGGCAUCCUUCCUGAUCACGACUCGGACUGUGGCUCUGCAGAAGCUCAUUCCUUCUCUGAAGCAGCCACGUUGGGUGGAGGUCCUGGGGUUCUCUGAGUCUAGCAGGAAGGAAUAUUUCUACAAUUAUUUUACAGAUGAAAACCAAGCACUUAGAGCCCUCAGCUUGGUUGAGUCAAACCCAGCAGUCUGGACUAUGUGUCUCGUGCCCUGGCUGUCCUGGCUGGUCUGCACCUGCCUGAAGCAACAGAUGGAGAGGGGGGAGGAUCUCACACUGACCACCCCAACUGCCACAGGCUUCUGCCUGCGCUACCUCUCCCAGGCUCUUCCAGCUCAGCCCCUGGGGCACCACCUGAGAGGCAUUUGCUCCCUGGCUGCUGAGGGUAUCUGGAGAAAAAGGAGCCUUUUUAGGCUACAUGACUUCGGGAGACACGGGUUAGAUGGGCCCGUCAUCUCCACUUUUGUGACAAUGGGUGUUCUUCGAAAGUACCCCAACUCCUGGGGCUACUGCUUCAUCCACAGAUGUUUCCAGGAGUUUUUUGCAGCAGUGUCCUGUGCCUUGGGGGAUGAGAAGGAGAGAGGUGAACAUCCUAACAGCAUCAGAGGUGUUGGAGGUUUGCUACAAGCAUACAAAACACACGACCUGUCCCGAGCACCAACAAGGCGUUUCCUAUUUGGCCUCUUAAGUGAGCAGGCAGGGAGAGAGAUGGAGAGCAUCUUCACCUGCCAGCAGGCUCCAGAGCUGAAGCAAGAGCUGGUGAAAUGGGCCAAGAGGGAGAGCUGGGUCCUGCGGUCUCCCCAGCAGCCUGGCUUUCUGGAGUUGUUCCACUGUUUGUACGAGACUCAAGAUGAAGAGUUUCUGACACAGGUGAUAGGUCAUUUCCUAGCAUCUAGCGUGUGUGUCCAAACAGGCAUGGAGCUCCUGGUGUUCACUUUUUGCAUCAAAUUCUGCCACUAUGUGAAGAGGCUUCAACUGCAUGAGGGUGGACAGCACAGGCCAAGGUGGAGGCCCGCCAGGGUAGUCCUCUUCAUGCAGGUCCCAGUCACAGAUGCCUGUUGGCAGCUUCUCUUUUCCAUUCUUGAAGUCACCGGAAGCCUGAAGGAGCUGGACCUAAGUGGAAACUCGCUGAGCCACUCUGCAGUGCAGAGUCUUAGUGAGACCCUGAGAUGUCCUCACUGCCACCUGGAGACCCUGCGGUUGGCUAGCUGUGGCCUCACAGCGGAGGGCUGCAAGGAUCUUGUCCUUGGGCUGAGCACCAGCGAGACCCUGACUGAGCUGGAGCUGAGCUUCAACAUGCUCAUGGAUGCGGGAGCCGAGCACCUUUGCUGGGGGCUGAGACAGCAGAAUUGCAGGCUGAGGCGACUACAGCUGGUCGGCUGUGGCCUCACGUCCAGCUGCUGCCGGGACCUGGCCUCUGUGCUCAGCACCAACCCCAGCCUGAAGAAGCUGGACCUGCAGCAGAAUGACCUGGGAGACCAUGGCGUGAGGCUGCUCUGUGAGGGGCUGAGGCAUCCCGUCUGCUCACUCACGCUCCUGUGGCUGGACCAGGCCCCUCUGGGUGAGGAGCUGAAGGAGGAGCUGAGGACCCUGGAGAAGGAGAAGCCUGCACUGCUCAUCUCCAGCAGGAAGCCAAGUGUGAUGAACCCUAAUGUUGGAGGAGAGAAGACUAGUAACAUGUUCUCACUCAAGCGGCAGAGGCGAGAAUCAGAGGGAAGCUCCUCACAGGCAGUACAGAUGGAGCCCCUCUCUCUGUCUCCUCCUGCUCCCCUGAGGACCUUUCACAUGGAGCCUCCAGGGACUGAAGAUGAGUUCUUGGACCCCACAGGACCCGUGGCUGCUGAGGUAGUUGACAUAGAGACAAGGAGCCUGUACCGAGUUCACUUCCCCAAGUCUGGAACCUAUGACUGGCACAAUACAGGUCUCCACUUUGUGGUGCGAAGGGCAGUGACCAUCGAGAUUGAGUUCUGUUCCUGGAAACAGUUCCUGGAUGGGAACAUGUCACAGCACAGCUGGAUGGUGGCAGGACCUCUGUUGGACAUCAAGGCUGAGCCAGGAUCUGUGGCAGCUGUGUACCUCCCUCACUUUGUGGACCUCCAAGGGGGCCAGGUGGACGUUUCCCUGUUCCAAGUGGCACACUUUAAAGAGGAAGGGAUGCUCCUGGAGAAGCCAGCCCAGGUGGAGCCACAUUACAUCAUCCUGGAAAACCCCAGCUUCUCCCCUAUGGGAGUUCUACUGAGAAUAUUCCAUGCUGCCCUGCCCUUCCUUCCCAUCACCUCCAUGGUGUUGCUCUACCAUCAACCACAACAUAAGGAGGACAAAUUCCACCUGUACCUGAUCCCAAAUGACUGCUGCAUUCGCAAGGCCAUUGAUGAUGAAGAAAAGAAGUUCCAGUUUGUGCGAAUACACAAGCCAAACCUGCUGACCUCACUGUAUAUGGGCUCUCGCUACACCAUGUCUGGCUCAGGAAAGCUGGAAAUAAUCCCCAAAGAACUGGAGCUCUGCUAUCGAAGCCCUGGAGAAGCCCAGAUGUUUUCUGAGUUCUAUGUUGCCCAUGUGGGAUCAGGAUUCAGGCUGAAAAUGAGAGACAAGAAACAUAGGACUGUUGUAUGGAAGGCCUUGGUGAAACCAGGAGAUCUCCGACCUGCAGCUUCUCUGGGUCCUCCAGCCGCUGUAGCCUUACUUUCAUUCCCAGAUACCCCAGCCUUACUGCACUUUGUGGACAGGCAUCGAGAGCCCCUGAUUACACGAGUGACAUCAGUGGACUCUGUCUUGGACAAGCUGCACGGACAGGUGCUGAACGAGGAGCAGUAUGAACAAGUGCGGGCUGAGGCCACAAGGCCAGACCAGAUGCGAAAGCUGUUCAGCUUCAGUAAGUCCUGGGACCAGACCUGCAAAGAUCGACUCUACCAAGCCCUGAAAGAGACCCAUCCUCAUCUAAUAAUGGAUCUCUUUGAGGGACAAAUGUGGUUGCAAAGGGGUCUCCUGCCACCCAGAAGCUGA